GCACAUCUCCCGGCCGAGAUGCUCGAUUCAACCAUGUCAGAGCCUUUACCUAUUGCCAUAGACCCCGUGGCCCUGGUGACCACAGAAUGCAUCACCGUUACCUCGUCCAUGCGGAAGCAUGCCCGCUGGGCGCACUCCUCCGUCUCCGCCAUCCUGGGCGGCAAUGGAGGCACCCGCGUAUACGAUCGGGACUCCUCUGCACCUCCAAGUCCGCGCAAAAGCCCACAAGAAUUUCACAGUGAUGAAGACCAUGCCCUGGCCAAUCGAUGGGGCCUGCGAGGGAAGAAGGGGAAGAGCAUGCAGGAUAACCCGUUGAUAUCGGCCUUUACCCGCCUGCGGAGUGAUCUCAAGGGCUGCAAAGACAUUCGCGCCUUUGAUACUCCCGCCCUACUUCAUCCUUUCUUGCAGGUUAUCCGAUCCUCCUCGACCUCUGCCGCUAUCACCUCCCUUGCCCUGAUCGCCGUGACUAAGUUCUUUUCCUACAACAUUGUCAACCGGGACUCUCCUCGACUUCCCAUGGCCAUGCAACUCUUAUCAGCCGCCAUUACACAUUGCCGCUUUGAAGCCAGCGAUUCUUCUGCGGACGAAAUUGUCUUGCUGAGAAUCCUGAAGCUGAUGGAGGGUAUGCUCUCUCGACCAGAAGGGGAACUCCUUGGGGACGAGAGUGUCUGUGAGAUGAUGGAAACAGGCCUCAGCAUGUGCUGUCAGAGUCGAUUAUCUGAGGUAUUGCGAAGGUCUGCGGAGAUGGCCAUGGUCAACAUGUGCCAGGUCAUUUUCACGCGCCUAUCAUCCCUCGACCAAGACACGCCGACCGGGCCUAUCCCAUUCGCAGACGAAAGCACCAAGAAGGAUACAUCCAACCUUAAAAUGGAUCCAUCUGUAAAUGGUGACACGGUUACUUCACAACACAAGUCUGUGAUGAGCUCAGAUACAGCAACCGCAGAUCGAGACAGCACCAGCACAGAGGGAGCACACGAGCAGACCGGUAAUGGGGGAGCGGCAGCCGCACCCCCAAGCCCGCAAACUGGUGAUGAGAGCGGAGAAAUACAACCAUACUCUUUGCCCUCCAUCAGGGAGCUUUUCAGGGUAUUGAUUGAUCUUCUCGACCCGCACAACCGGCAGCACACUGACACAAUGAGGGUGAUGGCCCUGCGUAUCAUCGAUGUUGCUUUAGAAGUAGCUGGUCCCUCUAUUGCUCGUCACCCAAGCUUGGCUGCUUUGGCCAAAGAUGAUCUUUGCCGUUAUAUCUUCCAGUUGGUUCGUUCUGAACAAUUGGCGAUUCUCGCUGGAUCUCUCAGGGUUGCUGGUACAUUAUUGUCGACAUGUCGACCCGUGUUGAAGCUUCAACAAGAGCUCUACUUAUCAUACCUAGUGGCUUGUCUCCACCCGCGUGUUGAGAUUCCACGGGAGCCUGGUAUUGAUCCGUCUCUUUAUGAAGGCGUGCCGCAAACCCCAAAAUUGGUCAAGCAACCGGCAUCGCAGAGUAACAGCGGCAGAACAACACCGGUCCCGGUUAAGGAUCGGCAGAAACUAGGGCUGGAAGGCGGUUCGAGAAAACCAGAAGCUCGUGAAGCAAUGGUUGAAAGUAUUGGUGUAUUGUCACGCAUCCCAAGUUUCAUGGUCGAACUUUUUGUGAACUAUGACUGUGAAGUCGAUCGAGCCGACUUGUGUGAGGACAUGAUUGGCCUGCUCUCUCGAAAUGCGUUCCCCGACUCUGCAACAUGGAGCACUACAAAUGUCCCUCCACUCUGCCUCGACUCUCUUCUUGGGUACGUGCAGUUCAUUUACGACCGGAUGGAUGAUAAACCGAUACCUGGGGACUACCCUCCACGAGACCGCCUUCGAAACCAGCGCAAAACGAAGAAACUUAUCAUCAAGGGAGCUCAAAUGUUUAACGAAAACCCGAAGGCUGGAAUUGCCUACUUAGCAGAGCAUGGCAUUAUUGAGGACCCAAGCAACCCUGUUUUGGUUGCUCGAUUUUUGAAAGGCACAGCCCGCUUGUCCAAGAAGGUACUUGGAGACUUCAUCUCAAAGCGUGACAAUGAAGAGUUGCUGGGUGCGUUUGUGGAUCUUCUUGACUUCUCAGGAAGGAACGUGGUGGAAGCACUCCGGGAGUUACUCAGCUCUUUCCGACUACCGGGUGAGUCGCCGCUUAUCGAAAGAAUCGUCACAACCUUUGCAGAGCACUAUACCGAAAAGGCGCAGCCAGAAGGAGUCGCGGACAAGGAUGCUCUUUACAUUCUUACUUACGCCAUCAUCAUGCUGAACACGGAACUGUACAACCCCAAUGUAAAGUCACAAAAUCGCAUGUCGUUCUCUGCCUUCGCUAGGAACUUGCGCGGAGUCAACGGCGGCGGUGAUUUCACCGAGGAAUUCCUACAGGAAAUCUAUGACUCCAUCAAGAAUAACGAGAUCAUUCUUCCUGACGAGCAUGAGAACAAGCACGCCUUUGAUUACGCAUGGAAAGAGCUACUUCUAAAGUCAUCGGGUGCUGGUGAUAUGGUUGUGGGGGAGACCAACAUGCACGAUGCCGAUAUGUUUGAAGCUACGUGGAAGCCAGUGGUAGCAACAUUAUCUUAUGUUUUUAUGUCUGCAUCGGACGACGCAGUUUAUUCUCGGGUCGUCAAUGGUUUCGACCAAUGCGCACAAAUUGCAGCUCGGUAUGAUUUGACCGAGGCGUUCGACCGUAUUAUCUACUCUUUAGCCUCUAUCAGCACUUUGGCCACUAACAAGCCGCCAAGUACUGCGCUUAACACCGAGGUACAGGCAGGCAAAAAGAGUGUCAUGGUGAGCGAGCUAGCUGUCAAGUUCGGAAGGGAUUUCAGAGCACAAUUGGCCACUGUCGUUCUUUUCCGUGUUUUAUUGGGCAAUGAGUCUGCUCCUAAUCAGGGCUGGGAACACAUUGUCCGCAUUCUCAGCAACUUGUUCAUCAAUUCCUUGAUCCCGCCUUUUGACUCUACGCUGACGGCUGAGCUUGAUGUCUCCCCUAUUCCAUUACAACCCCCAUCACUGGUAGUGGAUCGCGACAACCGUGUUAAUGACUCGGGAUUGUUAUCUGCAUUCACAUCUUACCUCUCCAGUUACGCGGCUGAUGAUCCACCUGAGCCGUCAGAUGAGGAGCUUGACAACACUCUUUGCACAGUGGAUUGCGUCACUGCAUGCUCGAUAUCAGAAAUUUUGACCAAUUUCAAAUCUAUUCCUCUGUCAUCUCUUGUGAAGCUUGUGGAGGCAUUGCUAUCUCAACUACCGGAGGAGAAUGCACCUGCAGUCAUUGUUGUGAAGCCGGAACGAUUAAGCCCCGUAUCAAGGCCCACAGGCGCCAGAGUUGACCCGAACCAGCCGAAAUACGAUCCAUCAAUGAUUUUCAACUUGGAGUUGGCAACUGUGCUCACUCUUCGCGAUAAUGAAACUCUUGAGACUCUUGGCGAAUUACUUGCGACUACCCUGCAGACUUUAGUGCGAGACGCUAAGAAUCUCCAUCCGUUGACUAUGUCACGCAUUGUCUCUUACCUUCUCAAUCUUUUACGACUCAGCCAUGAUCAGCACUUCCUGCGAGUACCGGUUGUGCUCCAUGCUAUCUCUGGAUAUGACCAAGACAUCUUAGAAACACUUGCUGUACCAACAGUGAGGGGCCUUUCGCGAUGCAUCGCUCACCCCGGCCGUUUGCGAAACGAGAUCACAAUUUCUCCAGAUUUCUGGUCUAUUCUCCAGAGAUUAAUUCAACACGAGGAGUCUGCCCCUAUGGUCUUUGAACUCUUCCAGAGCAUUGUGAAGUCAAUGCCUGACAUCGUUACCGCCGACAAUUACAAAUCUGCCAUCUCCCUUGCAAAUGACUUUGUCAGCGCAGCGCAUGUGGGGUCUAUUACCGAACGUCGGAGAGAUGGCCACGCUCGGAGAACUAAGGGUAUCAAGCAGCCCAAGUCUACCGAAAAUCAAAUUGUCACCCGCGGGGUCAAGGCAAUCGGUUUAAUCUACGAUUUGACAGCUCGGGUUCCCACGCUCAUCAACCAGUCUCACCUUGAGACACAUGAAGCAGCCUGGGCCGCUUACUGGUAUCCGAUUCUCCAAAACCUUUCAGGCCAGUGUAUAAAUCCAUGCCGUGAUAUUCGACACCAUGCUAUCUCCACCCUCCAACGGGCUCUUCUGUCUGCCGAGUUAAUAUCCGGCGAUGACCAGGAAUGGACCACCCUAUUCGAUGAGGUCCUUUUCCCACUCAUCUUGCGCCUUCUCAAGCCUGAGGUGUAUCAUUCCGAUCCUGUUGGUAUGAGCGAGACCCGAGUUCAAGCAGCAACAUUGGUUUGCAAGAUCUUCCUGCGCUUCCUCGAUCAGCUUCCUAACCGAGAGGGGAUGCUUCCUCUCUGGCUCCAAAUUCUCGAUAUCCUCGACCGUAUGAUGAACAGCGGUCAGAGCGAUAGCCUCCAAGAAGCGAUUCCCGAGAGCUUGAAGAAUAUCCUUCUGGUCAUGGCCGAUGGCGGCUACCUUGUCCCUCCGGCUCAGGACCCUAAGAAAGAGGAAAUGUGGCUGGAAACUCGCAAGCGUCUCGGACGAUUCCUACCCGAUCUUUUCGCUGAGAUUUUCCCCGACGCGGGUAAGGAAGGUGAGAAGUCUCAGCCUGGCUCUGGGGUCACGUCUCCAGCAAAGCUGAGCCUCGAUGCAACAAAGGAGCGUGAUGAAACUGCUACACUGUCGACACCUGCCGUGGAACAGACAACAGAGACUGCUGCCGACGAGAAAUCUGCUCCUACCGAGGAGGUUGCUUCGACAUAA